UCCCUUCCCUGGCUAAGAUCAUGCAUCACCAAAGAACAACUGGCAGCUCCUCCCAGUGAUCUCUUCCUGCCUGCCAGAUUGCAUUGAUCUCUCCAACUGUGCAGGCACAUCGUUGAUCCUUGCAAGCUAGUGUUUUGCCACACAGACUUGCGCUAGCUUCCAGCAGCUUGCUAGCCAUGGAUCUCGCGACGACCCCGGCGCGGCGGGCCAUGGAGCCUGGCGUGGCGCGUCGUGUGUGGCACGUGGUGCUGGCCGUGUGCCACAUGCUGCGGCGGGGCCUCUCCCCGAAGCGCAUCAUGAUGGACGUCCACCUCCUCCUCGGCCGUGGCAAGCUGGCCGGGAGGACGCUGCGCGGCCACCUCGCGCACCCGUCGAGCCACCACCGCCACGGCCACGGCCACGGCCACCUCACCACCUACGGCGGCGGCGCGUCCCGCGCGUCGUCGUCGUCGUCGUCAUCCACGCUGGCCUCGUUCUACGGCCACCCGCGGGAGGUGGAGUUCAGCUGCACCACCACGCCGUCCUACCCGCAGCAGCACUACGGGCUGUUCCCCUUCAAGGGCCUCCGCGGCCGGGGCGGGGCGCGAUGCGGCGGCGAGUACGGCGGGCUCGACGCGGCCGCCGUGGCGCGCGCGUUCGAGAUGCUGAGCGCCGAGGUGGACACCGGGGGCGGCGGCACGCCCGCCGUCGCGGCGACGACCGCCACCCCGUCGCCCAUGCUGGCCUGGAUCCUGGGCCGCAGCCCCGCCGGGGUCCGCCCGCUGCGCGUCACCGACUCGCCGUUCCCGGCCGUGCCCGAGGACGGGUGCUGCAACGACCGCGUGGACGCCGACGCCGACGACUUCAUCCGCAAGUUCUACGAGCAGCUCAGGCUGCAGCCUACCGCCGCCACGCCGGACGCCUACCUGCGCCGCCGCGGUUAGCUAGUUUGCUUGGGGAUAAUCUGUGACGUGCGCGUGUCGUUUCGCGCCUCGUCUUAUUGGCCGUGCUGGCAUGCAUGCAUGCAUUUGGUCGAUCGCGACGCGUGAAUCCAUUGUUUACCACCAGGAUAUAUCCACAGCUGCGUCCUAUUUCGACUGUUGGUUUAUACAAGUUCCUUCGGUGGUCAUCAAAAUCCAUUCCGGGCCGGGCAAUUUAGUUCUUUUUUUUUUGUAGAGUUUGAAUGGCAAUGGAGGAGCCGGUAGUUCAUCAACUUGUUUAGAUAUCUGCAGCAGUUUUUAGUUC